CUCUGGUCAUUCCCUGCACUGUCUGCAGUCUCUGGUCAUUCCCUGCACUGUCUGCACAGUCUCUGGUCAUUCCCUGCACUGUCUGCAGUCUCUGGUCAUUCCCUGCACUGUCUGCAGUCUCUGGUCAUUCCCUGCACUGUGUCCGCAGUCUCUGGUCAUCCCCUGCACUGUGUCCGCAGUCUCUGGUCAUCCCCUGCACUAUGUCCGCAGUCUCUGGUCAUCUCCUGUACUGUGUGCGCAGUCUCUGGUCAUCUCCUGUACUGUGUCCGCAGUCUCUGGUCAUCUCCUGUACUGUGUCCGCAGUCUCUGGUCAUCUCCUGUACUGUGUCCGCAGUC